AUGGCACAGAUAGCUCAAGUGGAGGCCAAUUUGACACUUUUAUUGAAGAAGCGGUCAAGUCGUCAAGAUGAGCUGUUGCUGCCAGUUGUCAAAGGUAGCUCUUUAGGUGAACAAUUGAAAUCUGUAGCGUCAUCUUUUCCUGAAUUUUCAGAGUCUGGAUCUCCUGAUGCUGCAGAAGCCAAUUUUAUUCAGACUGUUGUGCGAGCCCAUCUGCAUUUAGUCCAAGGGGAUUUCCAACAGGCUGCUCAGACAUUGGGAAGCUUUCCAAUUCCGAAUAACCCGUCACUGGUAUAUACAAAAGCGGCUGCUUUUAAGGCCAAAGCAAUUUUGGGAGCCGCUUUCCAAUUGUAUGGAAAUUCCAAUGGUGCCAUUCUUACUUAUAAAGAUCCCUUAGGAAAGCCCUCGUACCCAGAAGAAGUGGCAUGGGCCGAAGUUUUGUACUAUAAAUUCGCUUCUCUAGUGACAUCUGAUGCCGGAACUGUGGCUCCUGCUAAUAGCAAGAGCUUGACACUUUAUGCCCUGAGAGAAUAUUCUAAUAUCGCUGGUAGAAGUCAAGUGGCAGUUGGUGAUCGAAAUAGCCGACUAGCAUUACAUCGAUUAUUCCUUGACCAUGCUUCUAGUGAACUUGCCAAUGAUCCUAGUAACUUACAACUUCAGAACGAUGUUCGACAGAUUUCUCAAAGUUAUGAAGGCACACUUUUCAAUGGCUCAGCCGGUCGUGGUAACAGUGAAGGACAUGGCAAGGGUGACUCUUCAAUUGAAGAAUAUCUACGGGUUUUGCUUCAGAACUGGCGUGCCACUACAACAUUGACAGUGCCAAAUGGGCGUAUUGUGGAUAAGCACCAAAUUUCAUAUGCAAAUCAUAUUUUCGAGGUGCUGAAAAAAGCUGCAUUCACCUCGUUCCAUUCACCCCUGGUCAUGAGGUACCACGUCGAGGUGUUAAGUGCCCUUGGUCACUAUUCUGAGGCAAUGGCUGCUUUUGACACCUAUUCUGCAUACCAAGAGACUCACAGGAUUCGUGUUGAGAGUGGUGGGGAUUUGGAAGGCCGCCAGGGAGAUUCUACUUCGGGUGUCUGUGAAGCUUUCCACAAAGUCAUCAAUAUUGCCAUUCAUAUUAAUAGAGAUCGCAAUAAGGCCAAAGAUCUGGCUGAUAGACUUAGUACAUGGAUACCACAUGUUGAUGCCCCAGUGGAUGGCAUCGCUGGAUUGACUAUUAAUGGAAGUUCCAGUGAAGUUACUAAUGGUCAUGCAAAUGGUAUUCCAAAUGGUCAUGCAAAUGGCGCUAUCAACGGUACCGUUCAAGAACAUUCCAAGAAAGAAAUUAACGGGUCUGUCAAUGGUAAUACUAACGGCAAAAUUGACGUUGCUCGUACUACUACUGUUGCCAGUGACGUGCCACCAGAAGUAUUGGCGAAAGCCUAUGGAGCCGUUGCCGAUGCUUAUGCAUAUUACAGCAAAGCAACAUUUUCCGACGAAUCGCAGUUCCAGUCGAUUAUUACUACUGCCUGUGAAAACUAUGAACAAUCUCUUAAAGUGUGGCCGCAACACAGCACGACGAGCUAUAACUAUGCUUUGUUAUUAGCUCAAAAUGCUGACCCGUCAAAGGCAUUGGAAGUGGUUAGAAACGGACUGGUUUACAAACAGAAUCACUAUCCUUCUUGGCACUUGCUUGCACUACUGCUGACAUCUCGUGAUGAGUAUGAAGCUGCUAAUAAGCUACUUAAUAGUGCGAUAGAGCUGGCGAUAAAGGAGUACGAAGAGGGAACACUUGGUGGAAUUGAGGUGAGAGGAUGCGUUUUGCAAAUGAAGCUCACCCAACUGGCCAUUAUUGAAGCGACCGCCAAUAUUGAGACUGUUUUGGAUUACCUUCCAGAGACCUUGGCCUUGUAUGGACAACUGUUCCCGAACUCACAACCUGUCAUUAACAAGGAAGGAGUUAAUACAAAUACCAAGGAUGAAGUGAAUGACCAUGCUGUUAAAUCUCGCCGUACAUUGAGUCGAAUAAAAACUUCAGACCGACGACACCGCAGUAGAUCUAAAUCACGAGGCCAUGCCACUAACACUAAAACUGCACCUACCUCUGAUGUUGAAGAUGAGCAGUUGUCUAAGCCAACAGAACUAUUACAGCAGCAGCUUUUCCAGGAUGUGUGGCUGUACAUUGCCGGUGUAUAUCGACGGGCGAAAAUGGAUCGUGAUGCUGAAGAGUGUAUUGUUGAGGCUGAACACAUGUUUCGAGAAUCUGCAGAUACUCAGGUUGAACUGGGUCAGCUUAUGGCUAACGACCGUCCUCUGCAUUCACUCAAACAAUUUGAAGCUGCUCUUGACGAAAAUGGCGAUCAUCUCAAUGCUACCCUGAGUCUGGCCGAGCUGGUUUUAUCUCACUCGCGACUAGGAAAGAGUGACAAGUCUGCUGAAGCAACUUCUUCUUCUUCUGUACAGCCUUUUGAAUUUUUCAUUUCUCACAAAGACGAACUAGCAGCACACGCAAGACUCCAAAGUCUUUUAGAAACUCAAGUUACAAAGAGUCCUGGAAGAUACAGCUCAGAAGCCUGGUUUUUUCUGGGUUCUAUGUAUGAGAAAGCUGGCGAAGACAAAAAUGCCCAGAAUGCUUUGUGGAAGUCUGUUCAAAUUGAGGAGGUGCGUGGUGUCCGUGACUAUAGCAUCUCGCGCUACUACGAGUUGAAAUGA